CCAAUAAACUGGGAGUCUGCAUGUCGAACGCUGGUGUGUAUUUGGCGAGCUGGUCGCUCUCUCAGGGGCUUCUUGUACUCGUAUAAAUGUAGCCUCUGUGUGAGCUGGCUGCUUUCUCACAGUAGCCAUGGCUUUUGCACGGUUGAUUCUUCUCUUCUUGCUGUCCCUGCUUCAUCAUGGAUGUGCCAGAAAAGCUGUUGCAGGUCAAGAAGAUGAUGAUAUCAAGGCACAAAUCGAUAAACUAUGGCAGGAGGUGAAUUCUUUGAAAGAGAUGCAAGCUCUGCAAACAGUUUGUCUUCGUGGCAUCAAAGCUCACAAAAAGUGUUACCUAGUCAUUGAAGAACCCAAGAAUUAUCACGAAGCCAACGAGGACUGCAUUGCUCAGGGUGGAACCUUGGCAACACCUCGAAACCUGAGGGAAAACAACGACUUACGCGACUACGCCAAAAUCAGCUCACCAGGCACCAAAGACUUCUGGAUAGGUGUGACCGAUAUUGUUAAAGAAGGCCAGUACGUUGACGUCAACAGCAAGCCCAUCACCUACUUCAACUGGGAUCGUGCCAAGAAGGAGCCGACGGGAGGAAAACGAGAGAGUUGUGCUGUGAUCUCUCUCUCGGCACAGGGCAAAUGGCACGACGAGGUGUGUCGCACUGAGAAGAGAUACAUCUGUGAAUACCUCAUUCCUUAAUGUAGAGCUAAUAUGCAAUGCUACAUGCAUGAAGACGGUUUCGUUCCUGAGGCUGGUUAUUAAUGCUGUCGAAGGAUGCAAAGUCAUAUCCCACACAUUUAUUGUAGCUUUACACAUCUGGCUUGAGAGGGACUCCAGUCAGCAAAAUCAAACCUUUUAUUAUCUAUAUUAAUGUUUUUCAAUAUGUAGAGUAACAUUCACAAGGGUGUAACAGUCAUAAAAGUACAUACCUUUAUUAUGCAAAAUUUGUUGACCAUAUGAUUGGCUUUGUAUGUGUGUCACUUUCUGGUAGUUUUUCUGUAUGCCAUUAAUUAGUUGUUGUAAACAGACAAAGAAGAUAAGAUAAGAUAUACCUUUAAGGUCUACCUUUAUUCGUCCCACAGUGGGGAGAUUUCUUAAAGAAAUGUUCUCAUUUUAUUUUGAGGUCAUAUUUUCACAUCUGGAUCACAGGAAAGUGAUGUCCUCAGAAAGCAUUUCUGGGUCGGUUUAGUGUCCCUAAUAUAUCAUACCAGAAUGUGUGUAUGUGUUUUAUAAUUAUUAUUUAUACUUUACCUCAAAAUCACGUGUUACUGUGAUCAUUGAUUAGUAAAAAGAAGACAUUUUGGUGUCAUGUUACACUGCUACACAGACCUACAUCCCUAAUAAAUAAAUGGAUAUAAUGCAGUAAAAUAUUUUACAUACAUGCAAACAUUUCACAAUGUAAUAUGUAUAUAAAUAAAGUUGAAUUGUUAUUGGUUGGUUACACAAAAGAUACACCAAAGUGACAGAAAAGAUAGGCCUCUGUUUCCGUACAUACUCACCAAUCAACCAUAACAUUAAAGCCAUUGACAGAUGAAGUAAAUAACACUGAUCAUCUGGUUACAAUGACAUGUGAUACAUUAGGUAGCAAGUGAACAGCCAGUAUAAGUCAGUGUUU